ACGCGCCACUCAUGAACUAGCUUUUUGGCGGACUCGGUCAAGAUAUGCAGGACCCUACGUUGCAGUUUUUGCGUACUUUAGUUACUCAUGGAGAAAACAAGUACUGUUUUGAUUGUCAUCAAAGAGGCCCGACGUACAUAAACAUCACAAUUGGUUCCUUUGUUUGUACAACAUGCAGUGGUGCUCUGAGAAAAUAUAACCACAGAGUGAAAUCAAUUUCAAUGUCAAAUUUUUCCCAAUCAGAGAUUGACUUCCUUUGCACUCGUGGAAACAAGGCAUGCCGAAAAAUAUAUUUGGCUCUUAGCGAAGACCAAACCAUGACUGAGAAAGACUUGAAAGAUGGAGCUUUAGAUAAUUAUUUAAGGCAGAAGUACCAGCUACAAAAAUGGUAUCGCGAACCAACGUCACAGAUAGAAUCUGAAGCUUUGAAAGAAAAUCGAGAACUUCUUGAGCAGUCAGAGAAAAACAUGAAUCAGAAAGGCCAACGUAAUACAUGUGGUAAUGCAGCUGCUGGACUUAUUGUUCUGCCUACUCGUUCAAGUACUAAUCUUCCUUCCCAAAGCAAUCUAACCAGCGGGACAACACAAGUUAGUAAUGUCAAUGGAGACAGCUUGAUACCACAACAAUCUGUCACGAAUCAUUUCACCUUUAGUCAAAAACAGGAUGCAUUUAACAAAGCGACCGCUGAUCCAUUCGCUUCUUUUUCCACUCCAACUUCUUCCUCUUCAAAUACUAUUGCUGUUACCACCACUACCACAACAACAACAACUACUACUACGAAGUCUGAUCUCUUCGCGAAUUUCUGUCCUAAUGUCCUUACUUCUAUAAAUAAUUCAACAGUUAAAUCAUUCCCUUCUAACAUAAAUCCUACUAUAUCGAAUAUUUUCUCAAGUUCAUCGAUAAAUACAAUGUCUAGUUUCCCUGGUCCAAGUGGUGGAGAUAAGUAUGCCGCACUUGCAGAAUUGGAUGGUUUAUUUAAAAAUACCGGACUUAAAUCAAUGAAUCCAGAAAUAAUGGAAAAAGGUACAAAUGAUAUUACAUUACCCAAAACCAAUGUGUCUAUUGUAUCAGCCAGUCAAUGGGUCACCCCAUUCUCACCUCAUAUUUCUUAUUCCAAUAAUCCUGUUGUCGAAACAACACAUGGAUGGUCUGCGAAUACAUCUUUCAAGGAUAGUUUACAAUCACUCAAUCCCUUUGCCAAUCCAACAGUUGGAGUUCCAAAUCCUCCAGCUUUUAACAGAUUUACUAAUCCAUUCACAAGUUAUCCCAUUAUGACAGUACCUUCAAGUAUCAGUCAGUUUCCUGAAACUUUGAGUCUAUCUAAUCCAGAAAGUAAAAACCCAUUCCUCUCAAAUGCCCAGCAGUCAUUUAAUGCAAAUCCAUUUUCUAACUUGGCGAACUCUACAUCUGCCCAUUAUCAUUCACAAGUAACUGCUAGUUCUUUUUCACCCACCAUGCACCCAGCUAAUAACUUUCCUACAAAAAUGAAUAAUCCCGUGGCUCUCUAUUUUCAUUAUGAUUCGCUGUAGAUGGAAGACCAAUGAUAAAAUCGAUAAGCCAAACUAUUAACACUAGUAGUUGCUUACGCUUAAUAAAUUUGGCCUAGAUGUAAAUUUAGGAAGAGUAUACGACGAAGGUGAAUGAUAUUGCUUCUGAAAAUGUGUAAGCAGUUAACAUUUUCUGAUUCACUCUAUUCUAAAAUGAAUUUUUUCCCCAAACAACACUGGAUUAUUGUUGACGAUCUUACUGAUCACAGCUUCUGCAUGGCAUCGAUUUUCAAUGGAGUAGUUGGACAACUUGGUCAUACUAAUGAUUCUACUACUCGUUAUCCAUUGCCCAAUUUUAAUCCUUUCUGAAUAGAUAGAAAGAGAAAAAUAUUACAAUGAUACCAUGCUUUCUUUAUUGAAUAAUUUUGAUUUCAUUGUCGGUGAUAGAUGCUAUUCUCCUUUUUAAAAAAUACUUAAUUUAAGACCCAUUAUGACAUUUGAAUAGUGUGUGUGUGUGUGUGUGUGUGUGUGUGUAGGAGAGAAGGAGCGAAGUAGAUUUCAAUGAUACAGCAUUUUAUUUUCUGUUUUUCUCUCAUUGUAUUUUUCCUCUUUAGUAGUAGUAGUAGUAGUUUUCUUUAGAAAUUUAUCAAUUUCACUUAUUAUUGUUAUCUCAUUGUCAUCAACAUCGUCAUAAUCAUUAGCGGUUUCCGUUUAUUAUACACGUGUGUUCCUUCUUUCCCCGUUAAUUUCAUCGAUAAUAAUAAUAAUAAUAAAUCUCUGAAUAUAAUACGUCCAAAUCAGUUAUUUUAAUCAGCAUCAGUCAACUCAUAUUUCACUCUUUCAAUACAGUUGGAGUAUGUGAACCACUUCAACAAUGUAUGUGUGUGUGUUGAAUUUUGUAAAACUAUAAUUGCUUUUCAUUACAAGAAAAAGAAAUCUCAUUUCCUUUUUAGAUCAAUCUAUGUGACAAUCAUUGAGUAACAUUCCGAGAGAAUUAUUACAUAAUAUUCUUGUUGUAUUUUUUCAAUGUUGAAAAAGAUCCAAUUUAUAAUUUAUGACUAUUUCAGUAAUUCUCUCUAUCUCUGUCGAUCUGUAUAUGUAUGAAUCUUGAAAUGACCUAUCUCUAUAAUGCUGAACUAAUUACCUCUUUCUCUCUCUCUUUUAAUCUAUUCAAUCUAUUUACAAAUUGACUUGAAAAUACUAUUACUUUGACUCCUUUUCAAAAUUUACAAAAUCCUAGGCGUAUAUUGUAAUUCUUAACUGGAUUAUUAUCCUUUUGUUUUUAUUUUAAUGAUUAGUUUCUAUUUACUUUUUUUUUAAUGAGAGAUAUUUUUCUUGAGUUUAUUUUCCGGUCCACUUUCCCAAUGAUAUAAACUUUCGAUUUAAUCAUUUGUUAUAACAACUAAUCUUUUGUUUGUUUGUUUGUUUGUUAGACAAUUCUGAUUAACAAAAUCACAUAACUACAAAUACGAAACUAUUUGAAUUGGAUCUCUGUUGUAAAUGACAAAAAGCAUACUAUACAUCUCAUUCAUUGGUGUGUGUGUGUGUUUGUGUUUGUGUUUAUAGCUCGUGUAAUAAAAGUGAGAUAAAUACAUUUCUUUUUGUGAAUGUCACUACUUAGUGUUUCCCAAUACAGAUCAUUACAAUGUGUACGGUACGCUAUAUGUUCUAGUCUAGCGUAUUUCUCUCAUAAUGAUGAUGAUGAUAAUGUAUGUGUGUCUGUGUAUGCUGUUUAAUAUUCAUUUUGAAUGUUUUUACUUUCAUGAUCAGUUUUUUAGGUGUCUAAUGUGUAGGUAUGCUUUACCUUGCAAUCUGAUUCUUAUCAUUAUUGGUUAAUGUAAUUAAUUCACUUGACUAUUGUUAAAUUAUUCACCUUUUUUUCUCUGGUAAAAAAGCGUUAAUUUUUUAUGUAUGCUAAUUAGACUCCGUCAUUAUUGUAUUAUAUAUGUGGAGCAUGUCAGUGUUUAUUCAUCUGCCGUCAUCAUUUAACUCAUUCCUCUCUCUCCAUAUAUACAUAUAUUCACUACAUCACACUACAGAUUCUCCGAUCAUUAUUAUUAUCAUUACUAUUCACAUUGUUAGCAGUAUUAUCAUAACAACUUAUCGAUAAUAAAAUUGAAUCGAAUAAAUUGUGUCCAAAUCGUAGUCUCAAUUCAAAACAGAAAUAUAAUUUAGUUUUUAUGUCUGAUCGUUUGUGUGUAUGGGUUCGCUUCUAAUCACAUAUAUAUGCUAUGUGUGUGCGCGCUACCUUUUCGCAUUCCUUAUGGUCGAAUUCCUGUGUUGUUUUUUUAAUAUCUUAAAUUUACUUUUUAUUUCCGAUUUCAUUAGACUGGUUAAUGAUAAAAAUAACAAUAGCCAUAUGUAACACAUUAUUAUCAUCGUGUUCUUACAUCUUUGUUCCUU